AUGUUAUUGUUUCGAAAAUUGGCAUCAAAAGAAAGAAGGAAGGAAAGAAAAGAUAUCCAACACUAUUUGGCAUUGCAAGUUGUAUUUCUUGUGAAAGGACCUAUUUACUUGGUUUGCAUAAGCUGUACAGAAGAGUCAUAUCAGUCAUUGAGGGUACAACUAGAGCUCCUCUAUGGUCAGAUGAUACUUAUUCUUACGAAGUCUGUGAAUAGAUGUUUCGAGAAGAACUCUAAAUUUGAUAUGACUCCUUUGCUUGGAGGAACGGACGUUGUCUUCUCUUCUCUAAUCCAUUCGUUCAGUUGGAACCCAUCUAGUUUUCUCCAUGCUUACACAUGUCUUCCACUUGCUUAUGCGACAAGGCAAGCUGCUGGUGCCAUCUUGCAAGAUGUAGCUGACUCAGGGGUCUUGUUUGCCAUAUUAAUGUGUAAACACAAGGUUAUCAGUCUUGUUGGUGCACAGAAAGCAUCGCUUCACCCUGAUGAUAUGCUAUUGCUCUCCAACUUUGUUAUGUCUUCUGAAUCAUUUAGGACAUCAGAAUCCUUCUCACCGAUUUGCUUACCAAGAUACAACCCCAUGGCAUUUCUACAUGCUUAUGUGCAGUACCUUGAUGUUGACACAUAUUUAAUAUUGCUUACUACAAGUUCAGAUGCCUUUCAUCAUCUUAAAGAUUGCAGGGUUCGUAUUGAAAAGGUACUUCUGGAGUCCAAUGUACUUGGUGAAGCUCAAAGAUCCAUGGUUGAUGGUGGCAUGCGUGUUGAGGAUUUACCUACUGAUCAUGGUUCUCAGUCCGGAGCAGUCUCCCCUCAUCUGGGUCAGCCUGGACAUACUAGAGAGUCAUCAGACAGAUUUUCUGAAGCAUUCAUAGGUGUUGGUGGUCCUGCUGGACUUUGGCAUUUUAUGUAUCGAAGUAUUUAUCUUGACCAGUAUGUGUCGUCCGAGUUUUCCUCACCAGUAAAUAAUAGACAACAGCAGAAAAGGUUGUAUAGAGCUUACCAGAAGCUUUAUGCAUCCAUGCAUGAUAAAGGAGUUGGACCUCACAAAACUCAGUUCAGAAGGGAUGAAAAUUAUGUUCUGCUGUGCUGGGUUACUCAGGAUUUCGAACUUUAUGCAGCAUUUGAUCCCCUGGCAGACAAGGCGACUCCAUUUUAUCUUUGGAUGAGGAAUUCAUGGGCCAGUUUAGGUAUUGAAACUGUGCCGAUUCAAACAUGCAGGAGAUUUAACAGACCUUAGUUCACUUUUGUUCUGUACUCUGGUAAGUUGGUUACCACUUGCAGCACCACAUGAGAUUUGUGCAUGGCCCCCUACUGUUUUGUUACCAUAUACAACAGGAAGAUAACAAGUUUAAUUCAAUAUACCACAAGGCUUUUAGCCCUAACGACUGAAAUCAAAAUGUCACUUUGACAUGAUUAUUUGCUGAAUUGAAGAAUCUACCCCAAUGUGUACCUUAACCCCAAGAUGAUCUUAUCCUGCCACCCCUAGAUAUAUGUUGACUUGCUUCUUAGGCAUCAUGGUCAAAGAGCUAUUAUUCGAGAUAUUAUUUAGUAACUGGCAUCUGUCUUAUCUACAGUUUUUUGUGAACUGAAAUGCUGAUAAAUACGUCAAAGCUGAUUUUGUCUUUCCGGAUUUCAAUGUGUCUUGUUAGUUUAAGCUUCAAUUUUCUUGUGCCAAUUCUUUUGGAAUGUAAGAACUGUUCUCUUUACAUGUGUUCUUUCUGCUUUUUGACGUUUGGUAAGAUUCCACCUUGCAGGCUCUAGCUAUAAAAACUUGCAAUCGAGUGUGUCAGUGGAUCAAGAACAUAGAAAAUGAGAUUUUCUUGUUAGGAGCGAGUCCUUUCUCAUGGUGAUGUUCCCCAUGUUCGCUUCUUUACGUGUAUUCUAUUUUUUUUAAAACUUUUCUUUUCUCAAAUUCCUUUAAUAAGGUAUGGCAUCAUUUUUGUAGGCCUUCCAUUUUUGUGGUUCUAUAUUUAUAUCUUACUUGGUAAUGAAUGCCAAUUGUAGUUUAAUGUUUGGCAGUCAAGAUAUGAGUUGUCUCA